UGUGUGUGUGUGUGCGCGUUUAGUAGGAAACAUGCAGCAGUAAGGAAACAGUGUGUGUGUUUGUGUGAAUGUGUGUGUGUGCGCGCGUGUGUGUGUGUGUGUGUGAGAGAGUGUGUGUGAGGCUGGGUUUUUUUCCUCCUUUGUAACUUUUUUAGCAUAGUAUGCAGGUUGACUUUUUGGAUGGUGUUCCUCCGUUAAGAUCAGCUUUGAAAAGAUGUUUGGGUCAAGAGGGCUCCUCGAGAAGAACAUUCCAGAAGUAACAGGGGGCCAGAUGGAAGCUUAAGCCAAUCAUCUACUGCCAUGCGUGUCAAGAUGGACGCUCGUAGAUUUUCCACUCGUUGAAAUGGGCUUUCGCAAAAAUGUGUGUGGCCAUGGUGAUCAUUCACACUAAAACACUGGAAAAGAAGGGUGUCGAUGAUGUAACCUCCAAAGAGUCGACCUUGGACUUGCGUGAGCCGUCGACCAUGAGCCAAGGAACCACCCUCUUCUCCUGCGGAAUCAUGGACUUGGUUAGCGUUGGCCAGUGUCCUGUGGGUUCAAGUCUGGAGAGUUUGUGGGACUCGGGUGCUAGCAGCACCAGCGCCAUCAGUGGCCUCCUGCGGGACCUGAGCUUGAGCGAAGCUCCUUCUCCCAGCAAGCGCCAGUGCCGCUCCCGGUCCUGCUCGGACGAGCUGAGCUGGCGUUCUCCGUGGCGUCCGCAGGCCUCGCGUCUAUGGACGGCCAUUGAAAAACGACGCUGCCACAGCGGGGGUGCCAUUCAACCCUCGUCCUCGUCUUCGUCCUCUUCCAUCUUCUCCAGCAUGCAGCGAAGCUCCAGUUUCAGCUUCCCCACCCGCUCCAACCUUCCAGAGACGCCCUUUCCUCAAUCCUUCACAGCCAUGACUUUCGACCCGCCCCGCCCGUUCUGCUAUUCUCACGACAGGAUUUGCCUAGCUAAGAUUGACGUCCCCCCAGAGGCCGGUUCUCCAGACUCCGCCUCCGAGGCGGGAGGACUCGCACGGAGCCAGUCGCAGCCUUGCGUUCUAAACGACCAGAAAGUUGGGAUGAAGCGCCGCCGACCGGAUGAACCCCACAAACAGAGGCCUUCGCUCGAUUUGGCUAAGAUGACUCAGAAACAGAAUUUCCAGAGCCUUAGUUGCCCACGUUUUAACAACGAGGACUACUGUCAAUCAAGCCAGACCCCGCCCUCUUUCGGCAGCCCCGUCCACCAGGGCGAGACGGCGCAUCCCCUCAGCCCUAAAGAUGACGACUCUGCGGUCAUCGACGAAACGGACGCUAAGGAGCGAGAGCCUCCGUGGGUGGAGCUAUGCGGGUUAAGGAGGGACGUGUUGGGCGGGGAACUCGACAUCGAGCAAAUCGAGAGAAAUUGAGACUUUUUGGAGGAUGUUCCUCCACUUCCUGUAGCGAUGGCGCUGUGUGGAGGGAGCUGAAGCAGGGGAUGAAUAGGACUCAGGACAAACGGACGCUCACAAACGCCAUUGUGGGACGUUAGGAUGACUCAGGUUGAAUCUUGGAUUUAAAAAAAACAAACAAAAACAGAGUGGAUUGUGGGAUAUCGGGGUUCUGCUCGCACUCUGUUGCAGAUAUUGUAGCUUCUUUUUCCUUCUACUACUUCUUCUUCUUUUUUAAAGGAAGGAUGUAACGACAGUGUGCGUUCUCCGUUCUCAGAGUCCCACCUGCCUGUCUGUGCUGAAUGAGGAGCUGAACGGGGGAAGGGGGGGGAUAUAAAUCUAUAUUUUUAAGGAUGUAUUCUUUUUUUUUCUCUCUGCUCCGUUUAUCUGAAAGUACACGGCAUCAGGAAGAAGGACGGAACCGGAAAAAGGAUCCAAGAGCCGUAAAAAAAAACAAAAAACAAAUGAGGACUUACUGAUGAACCUGCACUGGCAUUGAUGCACACAUUAUAUACACACACACACACACACACACACACCUCACACACACCUCACACACGCACAGUGAAAAGCUUGGAAAGGGUUUCAGGUUUUAAUAACGUUGAAUGAUAAUUUCAAGCUAAUAGAGUUUAAUUCUUUUUACAAAAUGUAACGUAAAAAUGUACUUAUUUCUAUACGAAUAAACAGCGUUUAAAGUGUGUUUGUAAA